AUGGAUUUGACUGUUGAAGUGCCGAUGCCCGGUCCCCUCUUUGACGGAUUUGAACACCGCCACAUUGGAAAGACAAUACACAUGAAAGAUGAAGUCAAGAUAUUAACGCUUCCAAACGGUGUGGAAAUUAAGUUUGAGCAAAUUAUAGCCCUUGCUGGGGAUUUCUAUGGAUUGCCCGAAAACCCAAUUAUUGACCCCUGUAAAGUAGAAACAGAGGAGGACUCUGGUCGUGACGUUCGCUUCUGUGAUGCAUACGAAACUCUAGCAUGCGCACCGAAAGAUGAAUUACAGAAAGAGCUGAACAAACUGUUAGCUACCUUGGAGAAGGAGACUGAAGAAGGAAGAAGCAUUGAUUCUAAAACGUGGGACGAAAUCACCGGUGGUAAAUGGUUCUUUGGCCUUCCAGUCAAAGAAGGGAGGAUGUUAGAGCUGGCUGAGAAUAAUCACGACCAUUUUCUUCCUUAUGCAAAAGACGCAUACCUGACGGGUCAUCAGUUGGCAAUAGAAAAAGCAAGAGAAGCCAGUCAAUAUCCACAAGAUCCUGUAUUGAAAAAGGAACUCCUUCACGAAGCAUUUUCAAUGGAAGCAUUUGCGUGUCACUUUCUCACUGACAGCUUCGCUAGUGGCCACAUUAGGUAAGAAAAAUGAUCUUAAGAAUCGAAGAUUUUUCCACUGAAAGACUGAGUUUUCUGUUCUCCUACGACCUUGUUUGCUGAGAUAGUUUUCAACGUGUCUUUCACGAGGAUUCUCACAGGCUUAACGAUCAAAAAAGAGUAACUAAAGCAGAAAAAAUUUUCGAGAGCCCUAGUGCGAUAAACCAUUUACGUUGCACAGUCUGAGAUAUUUUGAAGGGAAAGGGGGAUUUUAGACGUGCUCGAAAGCGGAUGGCGCCCGCCCAGUCUUAGGCCUCCCUCCAAAACGUUUUUUUUUUUUGCUUUCUAAUUUUAAUUAUUAAAUUCUUAUUUGAUUUUUUUUAAAACAACCAGAAAAACAUGAUUGAUUUUUUUUAGGAAUGAUUGAUUUUUCCUUUGGUCUGAAGCUAUCUGGCGGACGCCGUGUGCCCUUCGGUUGUGUACAAAUAAAAAUUUUACAAAUUUUACCUCUGCUUAUAUUAGGACGCCAAGAGUUGAAUUGGGAAAAGCAACUACUCUAGGAAAAGAUGGCCAUUUAUUAUGUAAGUACAUGCACGACGAGGACAACAAACAUGGUCUGCGCGUGACAAAUCUAAGGGGUGAUAAAUGGAUUGCAUAUGGUGAUGGUAUGCUUCUGGAAGAAAAGAGCAAAGAUAAUUUAAAGGUAGCAGCAGAAGCUGUGCAGAAAUCAGUUGAUCAAGUCUACGAGGCCUACACAAAUCCUUCCGGAUCUCUUGAUCCCUCUCAGGUAACCGACCUGAUACCUUUUGUUGAUCAGGAGGAAAGAAACAAUUCUCCAAUGUUUCAGAUGAUAGAUGGGAAGCUUCUCAGAAGAUCAAACUUGAACGAUCUCCAGGGUACUACUACAACUGCCAGUUGGUGGGGACCGACAACAGUAGCAAUGUUACAGGUUUACAAACCUGAAAACUCUGCUAUA